GUCUCUUUAUUUACUUAACUGUAUACUGACUCACUGGUGUAAAUAUUAAACAGAGAUUACAAUAUGAAAAAUAUGCCUAUCGCAUUUUAAUUUAUUAUAUUAGAUAUUUCAUUGGGAAUUUUAAUGUUGUAGGGGAGCGUUGCAUGGCGGAUCUCUUCAAACUUUACCUGGAGGCCCUUGGAAAUGAAGGUCUAUUCUACAGACGGCCGCUAGCAGGGUCACCACCGCGGUACGGUAUUCAGGCUGUCGGCGUAAAUAAACUGAAAUCGAUGAUGAAAAUAAUAUGUGAUCGUGCGGGACUCAAGGGGAAUUUCACCAAUCAUUCUGGGAAAAAAACUUGCGCGACUGCAUUAUACCAAAGUGGAAUUGAUGAGCAAGACAUUAUGGGCAGGACAGGGCACAGAUCAGAGAUGGGGGUCCGGGCAUACAAAAGGUCAAAUGCAGAUAUCGCUUGUAAAGUGUCGAAGUGUUUGGAUCCACCUCCCGUGACAGCGCUCAGCGGCGAAGAAGAAACCAGUGUUCCUAUCAAGCGUGAAUGUGUCCGUGAAAAUCAGAGCGCUUUGAGGGAUAUUACCAACUUGAGCAGUGGUGGGGCAUUUCCUUGCUUCAAUAAUUGCAGCUUUUCAUUUCAUUAGAAACUAUUGAAAGAAAUAUUAUGUACAAGUAUACAAUUGUCCAAGAUGG